AUGGCGCGGACAGGCCAGCGCGAGCGCGAGGCAGGCCACCUCUUCGCAGGGCUGGCUGGCGCUGCCAGGAUGGGCGUGGCCGGCGCUCCAGCAGCCCGCCCCCCCGCGGACUCGGGCGACGCUGACGAGAUGCGCGGGCUACCGCGGUGUCUGCGCGCGGUGGCCCUUUUUUGUCCUGCGCCGCGCCUCGACGCGGUGCUGUCGGGUAGCGCGCCGAUGCCGACGGCGCCCUUGCGGCGCUCCAGCAGCCCGCUCCCCGCGGACUCGGGCGCCGCCCGCGGGAGACCGAACCAGCGCAAUGGCAUCAGGUCCAUGUCGAAGGCGUUCUCCAUCAAGGACGCGCUGGAGGCAUUCUGGAACAAGAGACGCACCCUGGAGGGGAAUAUCACAGUGGAGAAGGCGGACGCCCGCGAGCGGCUGCACCUGGAAGCCCCAGCGGCACGCCUGCGGAGCGAAGGGUCUCAUGCAAGCCCUCCGACGCCGCCGGGGCAGUCCGAGCCCCAUGUGGACGCCCGCACGUCUGGCACCUCUGGCGGGCAGUGCACCAGGCGCGCGCACGAGGCGCGCCUUCCCGGGGCGGAGCCGCUCGCGGAGCCCCGGGCGGAGGCGGCCCGCGAGUGCUGCGAGCCCUGGGGGUCGUGGCAGCCCGCAGGGGCGCCCUGGGCGCAGUGGCGGCGCGGUGGCAGGGCAGCUGCCGGGCGCCGGGGCCUCCGGGAGCGCCAGCGGCGCGCCGCGGGCACGACGAGCAGCACCGACGCUGCGCGCGGCAGCGGCGCGGCGCGCAAGCGCCUCGCUGGCACGGGCAGGCGGCGCGGACCCAGCUGCAGCAGCGCCAGCAGCGACGGGGCCCGACGAGGUCGCAGUGGCUCUGGCGACAGCGCCAGCUCGGGGCAUCGCAGCGCAGGAGUGGCCGCCUGGCGCGCUGUCGAGGCUCCGGUGGAACCGAGGCCGCCUCGCGAGGGCAAGCCUGAGGGAGCGGGCGGCGACUCCAAAGCGUCGCUGUCGGGGUGGGACGUGCAGCCCACCGCCCAGACGAUGAUGGAGGAGAUGGAGAUAUACGAGAGGGCGGUCUGUAUGCGCGGCAGCGUGAAGACACGGGAGGUCUACAUCAGGAAUUUGCCGCACAGAUUGGUCACCAGAGAUAGGCUCCGCUUGUGUUUGGGAACUCUCUUCAGGGAGCUGCCAGCAUUCCAAGAGAUCUACCCAAACGUGGACGACCCAAUCACAGCCAUCACCCUGCAUUACAAUGAGACGGGCGCGUACUCAUUCGCGGAACUCUGGGACGACACGCUGGCGAGCACCGCGAUAUUGUUCAGCGGUUUCGAAUUCUGCGGCAAGAUGGCGGGCAUCGGGAGGCCGCUGGGAUAUGUUUCGGCGCCAGGCGGCGAGGCGAAGCCGUUGGACGUGACGCCCCUGCGCCAGCGCGGGUUGCUGCCGAUGGCCCCGUCGGGCUCGAUGAGUUGCCGCCAUGAGGGUAAGCUGCGCGAGCUGCACUUUGGCAACCUCGUCCGCGGCAGAAAAUCCCCGGAGUUCAUCCUGAACUUGGUCAACCCUGUCGCCCAGCAGCUCGUGGAGUGGCGGGCGGAGGAAGGGCCAGCGGUCACAAAUGUCAACAUGAGCGCAGACGGCACCUAUGCCUUUGUCCAGUUCCAAAGUUUAAAGUUGGCCACGAAGAUUAUGAAGAUCCUCGAUGGCCAGGAAGUGUUAGGGCGGUGUCUCAGCGUCAGGCGCACGAACGCUUUCCGCAAGGAGGAGGCGAGAAUUAUCCCGCCAGAGCUUAAGACCGUGGAGGCUGUGGAGGCUCUGAUGGCGAAGAUGCCAGACAAGGUCGCCUCGACCAGCCAUGUGGUGCCAUUCAUCAAACAGCUGCAGCGCCCAUGGCCAUCCUCCGCCAUGUCCAUGUCUCCGGUGCGAGGCGACCCCCCGUCGGACACAGUGGCUUCGCCGCCACCUGGGGCGCCGAUGCAGACAGCUGUGGCGGCGCCGCCGCCACUACCGCCGUCCGAGGCGACUGCGCAGCCAGCCUCGGCGCCGCCGCAGGUGUCCGCCGCUCCGUUGGCCACGGCCUCCGCUCACGAGGCGACGGUGGCAGAGCCGCUGGCGAUUUCGCCCCCGACGGGCGCGCCCCGCAUGGCCGCGUCAGCGCCUCCGCCACCCAGGGCACCCGAGCAGCCAGCUGCGGUGGUGGCGCCGCCGUCGCCGAGGGCAUCGCCGCAGCCAGUCACAGCAGCGUCGCCAGCGACCGCCCCGCCAACCGCGGCUUCCCUGCAGGAGGUGCCAGAGGCGCAGCAGCCGCCGCGUGAGGCGCCUGCGCAACGAGCUUUGGCACCACCGCAGGCCACCCGAGGCUUUGAGGAGCCGGCCAGUGCAGUGGCCGUGGGGGCCACGGCUGCGACCUCCGCCGCAGCGCUGACGCCGCCAGCUACGUCAGAGGCGCCUCAGAAUCCAGACGUGCUCGACGGGAUGCCGCAUGGGGAGCCCGCGGCAGCGACAGCGGUCGAGGCAGCGAGCGCCUCGCCGCCGCUGCGCACCUCACUUACGGCCCUCUGA